AUGGUGUUCAGCGGCCUCCUCUCCUCUUCCGACAAGGACAAGGCCUCGGCCAGUCGGUCAAAGCCCAGUCAGGAGACGGAACUACUGCCAGAAUACAUCUUUGACGAAGCUCAGCUACCAUGCGUGCCUCCGGAGCGGCCAAACCUACGCGAACUGAACACGAGCCUUGAGGCACUUGCUGCCGUUUUCCCCGACAUCCAAAUAGAAGUAUUUAGGGAGCUGUUGUCCAACUUCGACGGCGAGUCGCGGCUCGCCCUGGUCGCAAAUGCACUUCUCAAGAAUCGAGUCGACUGGGUAAAGGGCAGAUGGAGGGUUGUGGACAAGCAAGACGCUGCCUCAGCUACGCUUCCCAGGACCGACAUGUUCCGAAGCCAGGAAUACGUCCAGGCAGUCCGGACUCUGGCCGCACACGAGUUCCGCGGCCUAGCUAAGUCGACUGUCAAUGCCGUCCUGGCCGAGUCCAACCACUCGUACCUAGAUGCGCGACGAACACUGGUCACCUUGUCUUCCAAAUCGUGGCGCUUCACAAUUCAGUCAUUAUUUUUGCGGCGCAAGCCUUUAACAACAGGGGAAGCAGAGAACCACCCCCUGGUGGUAUGGCGAUCGACCGGACAGGGUUCAAUCACACCCACCAUCAGGACCACGGGGAAUGCCGAGUUGGACCGUGAGUUGUACGAUGCUCUUGUUAGACCACUGAAACAAAAAGUAAGGGAGGAUCGAGAGGCCAAGGACCGGGGCAUCGCCAUGUUGCUGAAUAACGAGGAAGCAGAAGAGGCGUGUGCCACGCAUGAAUGCGCCUGCUGCUUUGUCGACUACAGCUUUGAAGAGUUUACGAGUUGCAGCAAAGACGGACAUAUGAUUUGCUACAGAUGUGUCCAAAGCUCCAUCAAGGAAGCUCUGUUCGGCCAAGGGUGGUUGAGCAACAUCAACACCGACACUGGCACCCUAAAAUGUCUAGCGGUUGACGGCAGUGGAUGUUUGGGCCACAUCUCAUCCGAGUACAUUCGCCGAGCAUUCAUGGAAGACAAGUCCGGGGCCGACAUUCUUCACAAACUGGAUCAACGACUGGCGGAGCAUAGUCUGGUCGCAUCCAAAGUUCCUCUCAUACAUUGCCCCUUUUGCAACUAUGCCGAAGUCGACGACAUUUAUCUCCCGUCACACGAGGCUCGUCCACGCUUCAAGAUCAGAAACAUUUACAACCUGGUUGUGAUUACCAUGAUACUAGUUGUUUUGACGCUCAUUUCCCCCUUUGCGCUGGUAGCCGCUCUUGUGUGCGUCGUCGUCAGCGUUGAACAAAAUAUGUGGCGGGAUAUCGGUACACAAUGGAAAAACGCCGUUCAGCGGCAUUGCCGCCGGCGUCGCGGCCUCCAGUUCUCGUGCCAAAAUCCCAAAUGCGCACGAGUCUCAUGUUUGUCAUGCCACAAAGCAUGGACAGAUAUUCACGUCUGCAAUGAAUCGGCACUCGUCGCUCUCCGCACGCAAGUCGAGCAGGCAAUGAGCAUGGCCAUCAAACGUGUAUGCCCGCGCUGCAACACGUCCUUUGUCAAAAACGCAGGCUGCAACAAGCUCACCUGUCCGUGCGGCUAUAAAAUGUGCUAUGUAUGUCGCGCAGAUCUGAGUGACGAGGGUUAUCGACACUUUUGCGACCACUUCCGUCCGGACGGCGACCCACGACCCUGCACACAAUGCGAUAGAUGCAACCUGUGGGAGUCGGAGGACAUUGACGCGGUCUUGCGAGAAGCGCGUGAGGUCGCUGAGAAGAAGUGGCGAGAAACGGAGAAGCGGGAACUGUCUGGAGCUGAGAAGGCGUAUCUCGAGACGGGCGUGGCCUCGCGGGGCGUGAGUGCAAGAAUCGACCAGUUUAUGACUAGCGGAUCAUCGCCAACACUGCCUGAAAUUCUUGAUCUUCUUGUUGACACCAUUUACAUUUAA